UGUCCUGGGGAGCCAAGGUCCACCGCAUAACUUUAACCUGGCCUUUACACCUCUUUGACUCACUGCCAAACCCUGGAACAACUCCUCCUCCGAGGUCUGCGUUUCACAACCCCCUAUUCCAGGGUCGCCGCCUCCCUCGUAGCUCCGUUAUUGGACCCCAGAAGCUGGCCUGCUAGUUAGCAAACAAGCUAACGACUGCCAGAUUUCACCCAUGUCCUCUGAAGAAGCGCUGAGCUCAACGAUCACGGAUUGGCUUUUCAUCAAUUCCUGGUGGCUUCUCCUGCCAUUCAUCAUGCUUCUUGUAGUUGCUGCCUUCAUUGUUGCCUUCGUGUUGUUGUUAUACAUGAUAUCGCCUCUUAUUAGUCCCAAACCUCUUAAAUUGAACGGGGCCCACGUCGUGGUGACAGGAGGAUCAAGUGGGAUUGGGAAAUGCAUCGCAAUUGAGUGCUACAGACAAGGAGCUUUCAUUACUUUGGUGGCUCGAGAUGAGGCUAAAUUGCUUCAAGCAAAGAAAGAGCUGGAGAAAUACGCCAUCAAUGACAAGCAGGUGGUGCUCUGCAUAUCAGUGGAUGUUUCCAGUGAUUAUAGCCAGGUGGAAAGUGUAAUAAAACAGGCUCAAGAGAAGUUGGGUCCUGUUGAUAUGCUUGUGAACUGCGCUGGCACAUCCUUUUCUGGAAAGUUUGAGGAAAUGGAGGUAGACCGUUUUAAACGUAUGAUGGAAGUGAACUACCUGGGCAGCGUUUACCCGACACGGGCUGUCAUAACCACCAUGAAGGAGCGAAGAAUGGGCCGAAUCAUGUUCGUUUCCUCCCAAGCAGGCCAGAUUGGCCUCUUUGGAUACACCGCCUACUCCCCAUCCAAGUUUGCUCUGCGUGGCUUAGCAGAGUCGCUGCAGAUGGAGAUGAAGCCAUACAAUAUCUAUGUGACUGUGGCCUACCCCCCUGACACAGACACCCCAGGACUGGCUGAGGAGAACAAAACAAAGCCUCUAGAAACCAAAUUAAUCUCUGAAACCUCUGGAGUUUGUCAACCAGACCAAGUGGCCAAAAUCAUAGUUCGGGAUGCAGUGCAAGGGAACUUUAACAGCUCUGUGGGUCCUGAUGGUUACAUGCUGUCAGCCCUCACCUGUGGAAUGUCACCUGUCACCUCCAUCACAGAAGGUCUUCAGCAGAUUGUUACUAUGGGAUUAUUUCGGACCAUUGCCCUAUUCUACCUGGGCAGUUUUGACAGCAUUGUACGCCGCUGCAUGAUUCAGAGGGAGCAGUCGAAAGCAGCUGACAAGAGGGAGUAACAAACAGCCUUACCUGCUUCACAGCCCAAUGCCCCUCCUCCUCUUCCUCUUCCUCCUUCACAACCUCCAUUCCAUCCCCUCCUCCAGCCUGUGCACAACCGUAGGUGGGGAAAAGACCAAGCUUUGAGUGUGUGUUUCUGAUUUUAACAGGUGGGAUGAAAAUAAAGUGGCAGAUGAUUACUCUUUGCUUGUCUAGUGACGCAACUCCUCCAUAGACGUUCACAGCCAUUUUCAUUUUUCUAUCCUCUCAGAGCAUUCCAGUGACUUUUCAGUUUAAUGUGUCCAUGCUUCUUUUUGUGGGAGCAGCCUUACUUUAGGGGAAUGAGGGCAGAAUAAAUAUCCCGCAGGCUUGUUUUAAAGUAGUUAAGCGACUGACAGAACAGAUCGCAGGCCUCUCUGCCUCCACUCGCACAGUGUUGUUGUUUUUUUACCCUCACAGAGAGGGAAAGCAGUAGAUAGCCUGUCUGACCGGUUAUGCCAAAUAUGGCUUGAAAUUCUCUCCCACCAGGGGCAAUAGUGAAAACCAGAAUGACAGCUCUCACUUUUUAUCAUUCUGCUGCAUGUAUCACGAAAACUAAGUCCACCUGUUUAAGAUAUUGACUGUUUUCUCCAAAUAAGCCCCUACAUCUCCACCACCUUGUACCACAAGUCUUUGCAGGCAAAGCACCCUCCUUUUUGACUGAAUAACUUCUGUGUUUGAAACCGGUUGUGACCCUCAGUGUUUUGUUUAUGCUGCGGGAUGUUUUGUUUUUGUGCUCUAUGCGUGAACUAAGCUUGAACAGUUCUCUUCAGAGUUAUAAGAGAGAGAGAGAGAGAGAGUGUGUGAUGUUUUUAAUUGAUUUUAAAAUUUAACUCGGGCAAAAACAUAAUUUCCAGAAAAUAUCCAAAAAUUGCAGACAGUGUUGGGGUGAGGACUUACGAGUGAACUGUGUGUGUGUUUGUGUAUUUGUUUGCUGUGACUGAGCCAACCCCUGAGGAGAGAAAAGCCACUCGAUUUUUAUUGUCUCGGGAAUAAACUCAUCAUAUUAUUUUCUCAUUAUCCCAGUUUAUUUAAGAAAGGAAAGCAGGUACUAUGGGUAGAAGCCAUGAAGUUAACAGAUGGAUAGAGGAAGAAGAAAAAAAACACCAGCACAGGUGAUUUGAUGUUUCACUUGUGAAUUUGACCAAGUUUAAUACACUUUUUCGUCCAUUCUUUCUUUAAAUGUGUUGAAAGGAUGUGUAUCAUUUUUACAUGCAGUUUUAUGUGUCAGUGCACAUGCUCAGCCACCCCAGUGAAGGUCCAAGUGGGAUCCAUAAUCAGCCGGGGUGAUCUGUGUCAGGUCAGGGCAAGACUCGCUGGUUCAAGUCAUUUCCCUGUAGGUCUAGUGAGGGCGCUAGAGAUUUGUUUUACAUAAAGGCCAAAAUAGUAGAGGGGCUUGCAUGGAAGAGUGAUCAUUGUCCCUCUGAUUUUGACCUGCUGUCACCUUGUCACUCACAGUUGGGACUUUGUCAUUCCCUAAAUGACACGAUCGAUUCCCUCCUGAUUUCUGUCAAGCCUUGAAAAAAUAAAAAGAUAGUAUUAACCAUAUGACCUUCUUCUUGUUUUACAAAUAGAGGGAGAGAAAGUACAAUGUCGACUCAAGUCGACGCAAGUCUUCCUUUGGUCCAUCACAAAUAGGGAGAAUGUACUUUAAUACAAAGCAUACAAAUCAGAACAUAGGAAUAUUAUUUUUUUGAAUACACUAAUAUUCGAAUGCCAAAAUGUGUUAAGACAAUUUCCUUAGAUGCAUUUAUUUGGGAUUAAUUUUGAUGUUGCUGCUUUGUUGAUCUUAGAGUUAGUUUGUUAAAGCUGUGGAGCGGUGUGGGGACCCAUUCUAAGCCUUAAGACGUGACUACUGAUAAAGCUAAUGCUACAAGAAUGGACCCGUCCACAGAUCAAUGUGGCUUAAACCCACAUGUGGUUUACCAUUUCAUUCAAUAUGACUUUUCAGUGUACAAUGCCAACUGUUAUGUUUUUUUGUGUUUUUUAUCAAUUCCAGUCUUUGUAUGACAAAAAGACGCCUUACUGAAACCUAAGAUAUGAAAGUGAGAAUGGAUGACUCCUGUUUGAUGAUGUUCUCAUUUGAUAUUGGUUGAAGGCACACUGUCCUGCACUUAAGAGCUUUUCAUAAUUGUACAUUUAUUGCUUUCAGAAGUUCUCUUUUAUCUUGAGGUAGCAGCACAUAGUUGAUAGAACAUGUAGCCCAUAAAAAAAGCAGUUUUGUUUUAACACCUUUAAGCUAUGCAAAUGAAGCCUAUGCUUACAAUAUGUUUGAAUAUACAGUCAGGAUUUGAGUUCUGUAAGUCACGCUACUUUCCCCCAUUUAAUAGUGUCAUCAUCAUAUACUUCAUAUGAAAAUAUAAGUAUUGAACAUGGAAGUCAUAAUGCACUUGUUUUGUUUGAAUCUUUUUCUUGCUUUUUUUUUCUGCCAAAAAACUUAACACCUUCACCUUGUGUGCCAUUGAAAGAAAUUGUGAGAAGUGGAACGUUUCUUUGUCUUAUUUUCUUACAUGAUAAACUAAAUAAAUGCCUGUGAGAAAAAAU